ACAAUUCAAAAGAAGAGCCUUUAAGAAGGGCUACGUAGUCAGAGCAGGAAACACUUAGACAGCAACAUUGUGUAUGUUUUGAUGCCUUAAAAUGAAACUAAAACAGCCCAUAAUUUGUGUGCAAGAUACAAGAACCCGCCAUGAUGCCUUCAUCCAUAGGCUACUCUUCAGGGCUCGCUAGUAGGCUAACGGUGUAAAACUGUCGUAAUAUUGGCUGUUUGAUAUAUUAACAUGGACAUGGGAAAUGUGAUUUAGCGACUUGAUUAUGGAAUAUAUUUUAUAAUCCGUAAAACUCCUACAGUAGACAGGGCAUCCAUGAACAGUUGUCAUGGUUUAUUAAACGGGUUAAAAAAAAGAACGUCAGUGUGUAUAAAACAACAAUGUAGCCUAUGUGUGUAGGCUAAAGUAUUAUCUUAAUAUUUGUAAAUUGGGGGAAAACAACAAUCCCACUUUAGCUGUCUUUUUUUAUUAUUUAGGGAGUGGAGAAUGUUUCUGCACGGUUGGCUAGCAUGGAAUUUUAACACAAACUAGGCUAGCCAACGUUUACAUGAUGAAAAUCAACAAGUAUUGCUGCUUUUUGGAUAAGGUGUCCAGAAGACCUCUUCUAGUUCAGUGGUAGUACAUUUGGUCGGGCAUUAGUUCUAUCACAAUGUCAAGCAGUGGAUAUACAACUUCCUCAAUUAGUGGACAGACUGGUAUUAACAGCAGGCCCUUCAAGUGCGCCGAUUGCGGAGGCACUUUUACCCAACAGGCAGAAUCUGGGGCGCCUUUCUCUCACUCACUAGGGGUCUCAAGGCAAGAGCGGGGUCACAGACGCAGAAGUGUGUCCAAAUGCCCAACCUGCUUCAUGUCCAUAACUUCCACCGGCCGCGUGCUUCACACGUGCAACCGCUCAGACGUGCACCCUCACAGCUGCACGCUGUGUGACAAAACCUUCAUAUCCUCAGCCCACCUGGCCCUGCACCUGCAGUCACACUGCGGUGACCGGAAGCACAGGUGCGGUGUCUGCGGCAAGCUCUUCCGCCAGUCCGCCCACCUGUUGCGCCACAGGUCCAUCCACAGUGGGGAGAAGCCUUUCAAAUGCGCAGAGUGUGGCAAGUGCUUCGGCCGCGCCUCGCACCUGAAGACGCAUGCCCGUCUCCACACAGGGGAGAAGCCCUUCAAGUGCACCACCUGCGACAAGGCUUUCACCCAGAAGGCAGGUCUCAUCAUGCACUUUCGGCUGCACACGGGGGAACGUCCCUUCAAGUGCGACCUGUGCGGCCAGACUUUCCGCACCUCUGCGGUCCUGCAGUCCCAUCAGGCCCUGGAGGCAGGCCGGCGCUGCUUCCGCUGCAGCCAGUGUGAGAAAACCUUCAGGUCCGCCUCAGAGCUGAGCAGGCAUGAAGCAGCCCAUGGAUGUUCGGAGGAGCUGAAGUGUGGCGUCUGCAGCCGCUCCUUUGUGCGGCCGUCGUACCUGCGUCUGUGCAUGGGCCUGCACGGCGGACAGAGGCCCUAUCACUGCAAGAGAUCAACACACGCUCCAGAACCAGAGCUAAAACCAAGGUGGGGUAAAUCAACCCCAAUAUUGGAAAUAUUCUCUUUUUCGGGUGAUGACAAACAUUAUUAUUAACAGAAAUACUGUACUGUAUACUGCUAACUUUGUUGGUUGUGGAACAAGUGCUUUUUUCUGGCACACACAUCUCAACUAUAAUUUUGAUGGAUGGACAUGAAGAACAGAGCGUAAUAUAGGAGAGAAGCACACUGCACUUCAACAAUUUCACAAAUGUCUUGUUUAACAGACUGAUUUACAAACACUAAUGAAUUGUUCUAAACAAAACAAAAUUAUGUUGAAUUGUUUAAUUUUUAUGGUGCGUGGUACAUAAAGUAUAUUUUUACGGUGCAAUGCAUUCGUAAGCUUUUGGCCUAUUAGUUGUAAUUUUAGUAUAGUUAUGCUUAAUUAUUUACAAUAUAAAUAAUUGCAGUGUUAUGUUUACAGUUUGUCUAAUGGUUUUUGUAUUGAGGAAUUGAGGAUAGAGGCAUGGAUUUAGGUUUGUUUUUGCAAUUGUACAUUAUUUAUGUAGCUAUGAUCAUUCUAUUGGGGUAAUGUCGAGACAAAUUUUAUGUAGUAUCAGCCUAAACGUUUAAUUUCACAAACUACAGUAAGUAAAAAGCCAGAGAUCUGGGUGGUGACACAGAAGCCCAUCAGUGGCUUACGACACUCACUGCUUCCAAUAUUGCAGGGCUCCAAUAUUGAUCUGCUAGGCAAAGACUCUAAAUGUCCAGCCACCGAUUUUAAAUCUAGUUUGUUUUUUACA